AUGUCCGACGACUACGAUCCCACAAACAUUAAUGCUGCCUCGUGGGAGGAGCAAGAGGACUACGGCGAGGCUGAUGGCAGCGAACAAUACGGGGAGGCUGAGGGCAGCGAGCAACAAGAUAUUCAGCAUAGCGAUGAACAUCAAGAAGCAGAAUACUCCGUUGAAUCAAACCCUAAUGACCUAGGUGAUAACCCAUCUCAAGAUGGAAACACCGAUGAUGUGGGUGACGACUACGAUCCUGCGUCUGUCGUCACGUCUUCUGUUCCUGCACCCUCUGCCCCUGCUCAACAAGAUUCCGCGACCCAGCCUGCCGCCCCUGUGGCCAAGAAACCUCGGACCGCUGGAGGUUUCCUAGUGGGAGACUCUGACGACGAGGAUGAAGAUGGUGAUGAUGAUGAACAACAACAGCAACAAAAUAAAGAGGCGGUCUCUGGUGCUACAUCGAGUGGUGGUUCAGCUCCAGCUACUACUGCUGCCCCUCAGUCGCAUUCUCCUGCUGUCCAGACUACCACAUUAACUGUCCAAGACAAUGCACCUCCUGUGCCCCAACAGGCGCCUCCCCAGUCCGGCGCAACUACAACAGCUGUUCCGACCGCACCGAGUCCCGCUCCUCCUGCCGCCGUCCCUACCCCCGUGACCCAGGCGGCUCCUGAUCGAGUAGCCAUCUACGAAGACCAGAUCCGCGAUGAUCCCCGAGGCGCAAUGAAUGCUUGGUUGGAGUUGAUGAAGGAAAAGAGGGCCAGGAGUGACAUUGAUGGUGCAAGACAGGUCUAUGAAAGAUUCCUUGCCAUCUUCCCCCAGGCGGCCGAUAUUUGGGUCGAGUAUCUCGAUCUUGAACUCAGCCUCAAUAACUUUCCUCAAGCCGAGGGCAUCUUUGCCAAAUGUCUUAUGACAACCCCCAAUGUUAACCUCUGGACCCGGUACCUGGAUUACAUUCGCCGUCGCAACGAUCUCAACGAUAGCACCGGCCAGGCUCGCCAAACUGUCUCUCAGGCCUACGAGUUCGUGAUCGACAACAUCGGUCUGGACAAGGACUCUGGCAAGAUCUGGGCAGAAUACAUCCAGUUCAUCAAGUUUGGCCCUGGCACGGUCGGAGGAAGCCAAUGGCAGGAUCAGCAAAAGAUGGACCAGCUCAGGAAAGCCUACCAGCGGGCCAUCUGCGUGCCCAUCUCCAAUGUCAAUACCCUCUGGAAGGAGUACGAUCAGUUUGAGAUGGGCCUCAACAAGUUGACGGGCAGGAAAUAUCUCAGCGAAAAGUCGCCAUCCUACAUGUCAGCCAAGAGCGCCAACACUGCGCUGGAGCACAUUACCAGGGGGUUGAACCGGACCAACCUACCUCGUCUUCCGCCCGCCCCUGGUUUCGAUGGUGACCAGGAGUUCAUGGAGCAGGUCGAAAUCUGGAAGAAGUGGAUUGCUUGGGAAAAGUCCGACCCUUUGGAUCUCAAGGACGACAAGGACCAGCCGGGUCUGUACCAGAAGCGCAUCCUCUACGUCUAUAACCAGGCCUUGAUGGCCCUGCGUUUCUGGCCCGAGAUGUGGGUUGACGCUGCUCAGUGGUGUUUCGACAACAACAUUACCACCGUGGAGAACAAGGUCACCAAGGACGGCAAUGCCAACGGUGUCGAGUUCCUUAUCCGAGGUAUCGAAGCCAAUCCCGAGAGUGUGCUUCUCGCCUUCAAGCAUGCCGAUCACAUCGAAUCAACCUACCCUAUUGAGGAGAAUGACGAGGCCAAGAUCGCGCGCGGCGAGGCAGUCAAGGCACCCUACAACAAGGUGUUGGAUACACUUUACGCUAUGAUCAAGAGCCUGAAGGAAAAGGAAGCCGCACAGAUCGCCAAGCUUCAGGAGAUGACUGCUGCGCAAGAGUCCAAGACAGGCUCCGACAACGAAGACGGCGAUGGGCCUGCAGAUAACAUCAAGAAGGCGCCCAUUGAGGCUAUUCAAAAGGGGUAUGCCGCGCAGACUCAGCUGCUUUCCCGGAUGAUCUCGUUCGUGUGGAUCGCCUUGAUCCGCGCCAUGCGUCGUGUCCAGGGCAAGGGAGGUCUGAACGUUCCGCUUGGUGGCAUGCGCAAGGCGUUCCACGAUGCUCGCGCUCGCGGUCGUCUUACAAGUGAUGUCUAUGCGGCUGUUGCUCAGCUAGAAUGGACUAUCUACAAGGAUCCCGCCGGUGGCAAGAUCUUUGACCGUGGUGCCAAACUGUUUCCAGAGGACGAGAACUUUACCCUCGAGAACAUCAAGUACCUUCAUUCUCGGGAUGACCACACCAAUGCCCGCGUCCUCUUCGAAACCGUUGUCAACCGACUCACCCAAAAGCCGGAGCUCGUCCACAAGGCCAAGUCCCUCUAUCAGUACUUCCACAAAUACGAGUCCCAAUUCGGCGAGCUCGCCCAGGUCACGAAGCUGGAGAAGCGCAUGGCCGAGCUCUUCCCCGAAGACCCCAAACUCGCCACCUUCACCGCCCGUUAUGCCUCGGACAAGUUCGACCCCAUCACCGCUCGCAUCAUUGUCAGCCCGACGACCCAGCUUCGGCCCAAGAACAUGAUCAUGCCCUCGAUUGAACAACAGCAACCCCAACUCCCCAUGUCCCAGCGUGACACGCCCGCCCGGGGAUUCAGUCCCCGGCCCCAGCAGGGUAUCAACUCCCCCAGCGCCGGCGGUGCUCCCUUCGCCUCCAACGCCAACAAGAGGCCCCUCGACGACCGCGACUACGAAGACCCUCCCCGCAAAAUUGCCCGCUCCGAACACGACCCUUUCGUAAGAGGCGCGUCUCCCCUGAAAGGCGCAGCCGGCCGCAGGCUGGACCAGCAGCGACGCAUGGGCGGAGCGGCCGGUGCGUAUAGCGGCCCCGGGGCCGGUUCCCAAGUUGUACCCAUCGCCAGGGACAUCACCUUCCUGCUGAGCCAGAUCCCCCGCGCGGAAUUUUAUGAUAGCCACAGACUUAACCCUUCGCGGAUGGUGUCAUUGUUGCAGAACGUCAAGGUGCCGGAGUAUUUGGACUGGAAGAGGGAACGUGAACGGAUGCAGCAGAUGCAGCAACAACAACAACAACAACAACAAGGAGGAGAUGGAUAUGGUGGUUACGGUGGUGGAGGCGGAGGUGGCUACGGUGGACAUGCAAGGAACGUGUCGACGGAUUAUGCCUACCGUGAAUCUCCCGGUCCUCAUGGUGGAAGACCGUUGAGCCCGUUCACCGGUGGUCCGGGGAGCAGAUUGGCUAGCGCGACAGCCGCGUAUCGUCAAAAUGCCGUGGGCAGGCCGGGGUCGAGCGGGUCUUAUGAGCCCCCUCCGGCUGCGCAGUACGGUGUUCCGCCCCCGGCUCAGUAUGAUGGUGGAUGGGCCCAGCAGCAGCAGCAGCAGUAUGGACAGCCACCGGCGCAGCAGGGGUACAACAGGUAUGGAAACCCUCCUCCUCCCUAUUAG